CUUUUUUAUUACACUAUCAUUUUUUUUUCUCAAUUUCGUUCUGUGACUGUGUUCAUUAAUUCAUAAUUGAGAACAUUUCUUACUGCCUUACUUAAAAGUUAGCACAGACGCAGAGUUCAUCUAAAAAUACUUAAUACAAUAAUCAAAUCUUCUCCUCAGGUGUUGAGUGAAAAAGCUGAUUACAAAGCGUGUUUGCAAUCAUGGCAAGCUAUAACAAUCAACAAGCCCAAAAUGCAUUUAAAAAUGAUGGAUCAUUCCUAGAAGUAUAUCAACGAUUUGAACAACAACAACAACAGCAGCAGCAGAAAGCCAGAACCGCAGAACUACCAAUACUUGAAGUACAAGUAUCUCAAACUGCAUAUGCUGCUGCUGCUGCUACUACUACUACUACUACUACUACUUCAGCAGUUGCCUCAGAAAAACGAUCUGAAACUCUUAAGACGUUGCCAAUAAUUGGUAAACGUAAAAAUAAAGCGUUGAAAACGGGUGUGGUUAAAAAGGUUAAGCCGGACGAUGAAAAAAAACUAUCUAAACCUACAGAUGCUUGGUCAUUGUAUUUAGAUGAAGUUAAACGUUACCAGGAAACAGUGGGAGAACAGGAUAAUAAAACUAGACCUCUUGUAAAAUGAUUGCAAAAUCCUGAUCUAUAAAUAAUAUUUGUAAAUACAUACAAUACUUUUGUUAUAAAAUACAAACUAGUAUUGUGCCUAUGUUUAAUCAGAAAUAAUUACUUAACAUUAUUGCUUUAAUUGUUACUUUUUUAAAAAUAAGUUAUAAAAUUAUAUAAGUGUACAACAAUGGUUAAACUAGGUUUUUUUUGUUUUUAAACUAUUAAAUGUAUGUUUGUUUAAAAAAUGUAUAUGCAUUUUAUGUUUUUACUAUUAUUUUAAAGUUUUAUUUUACAUUUAAGUAUACUUAAUUAAUAAUUAUAUUUUAGAUAUGUAACAAACUAUGCUGGUAUUAUAUUUUACGCUUAUAUUAAAAAUCCUCUAAUAAACAUUGUUUUUGGAUGAAUUAUAAUGAAUUCUAGUUUUUAAUGUAAUAUUGCAAUAAUAAUAUAACCAUUACUAGUUAUAAAAUAAAUGUUUGAUAUAUCUAAUCUUUCUCAUAGUAUGCUUUCAGGGUCAUAUUAUACUGUAAAACCUUUGUAUAAUAGAUAGCUGUGUCAAAAAUAAUUAAUGUGCUAUUGAGGGAUAUCUGUAAAUCAAGGUUUCGCUAUAUUAUACUUAAAAUGAUAUACCUAGUGAAUUGAAGCUUAAGUAUUUUAUUUAAAUAAAAAUAAUUGAAAAUAAUAGAGUUCUAUUAGUAAUUAAAAUAAUACAACCUUUGAGUUUGUGUGUAUACAGGUGAUUUUAAAAUAAUAGUUUUUAUUAUUACUUUUCUUUCAACUAUUAUAUUUACUGUGAAAAUUCCUUCGUAAGUUAUAAUUUUCAAUACAACCGUAAGAGGAUGUCAGCGCACUAUUUGUUUUCUCUCAAACCAUGCGCAACAGCAAAUUUUAUAAUCAUAAUUUCUAAAAUUUUAGUGAAACGACUUCUUAUAAAAUUCAAAAGUAAGAUUAUUAUCUGAGGCAUCUUUUAGGCGUUUUAUUAUAUUUUAAUUUCAAAGCAAGUUAUGAGUGUUUUAAGAUGUACAAACAAUUUGAAAUAUUCAUAACACGCUAUGUUGUGCGUAGGUCAGAAAGACAAAACAAAUAGUGUACUGACAUUCUUUUAAGUUAUCCCUUUUUAAAUUUAAUAUAGUGAUAUAUCUAGACUAUUAGUUAUUGGAUGAAAAAAGUAUAGAAGUAAAUUUUAUCUUAAAAAUAUAUCAGAAGAAAUAUUAAACAACUACAAAUUGAAAAGUAAAAAAGUAUAAUGUAAAUCUAUUUUUAAUAAACUUUGAAGUAUAAAAUAAAAAAAAUUAAAGAAAUAAAAAAAUUGUGUUUAAAUUUUUUUUAAAUUAACCUCUUCAAAAAAUAAAUAUUUUUUUAUUUUUUAGCAUAUUCAAACACGAUGGUUCUUGAAGUAGAUGGAGUCAAACUUGAAACUGCACCAUGGGAUCCUCGUUUCCCAAAUACCAA